GUGGUGGCCACCCUGGGCAAGCUACUGGCCACCAUGCCCAGUCUGGAGGAGGAGAUGCUGCCCGUGUCUGCAUUGCGCCUGUACUGGGACCUGGUGAACUUCACCAAGGAGCUCCGGGCCACCCUGCACCACACUGAUCACACCUGGUGGCGCCGCAAUGUCAUCUGCGAUGAUGAUGACCCUGUCACCUUCCUGAGCCGGGCCCUGGCUGCCUACAAGAGCACGCCAUGGACCCCCUGGGACCAUGUAACAAUGGCGACCAGUGAGUGGCUGCACUCGGUGGCUGUAGUUGAGGAGAGCUGGACUGAGCUGACCUGGGCAGCCACCAAGCUCCACAAUGCCUGCAGGAGGGUGGCCGCUGAGGCGGCCGACAUGGCAGCCACUGCCACCACCUGGGAAAGGCACAUGCAGGACAAGGCUGCCCGUGAUGGGACAGCUCAGGAAAACAUGGUGGAGCUGGGUCAGGCCCUGAGCAGAGAGGAGGGGGAUGAGGUGGUGGCCGGGCAUGAAGCCUGGGUGAGCAGACAGGCCAGGGUGGCUGCCAGCAAGGCAACAACGGCCACCAAGGUGAGACAGUGGGCAGAAGUGUCCCUGGGGCUGCUGGAGCGCUUGGUGGCCGCGUGUGACGAAGCCACGGCGUUCCCCCGGGAGCUGCUGCACAGGGUUGAGGACAUCGAGAUGACCCUGGAGGAGACAGACGGGGAGUCCUCCGAUGUCCCCGAGGACUUGGUGGCCAAGGUGGCCGAGGCCGAGCGGCUGUGGGAGGCCAACAUCCAUCUGGCCAAGGAUCACCUGCUGGGGACACUUCAAGACAUCAUCAAGUUCUAUUUCACUGGUGCUCCCGCCAGCCCCAGUGCCUGUGGGGUGGAUGAGCGGUGCCAAAGAGCCAUCGAGGACAUCCCAAGGCUCCUUCAACCCACGGAGCAUCCCCAGAGCAUCCCCAAGGUGUCCGCAGUGAGCAUGGAGCUCCAAGAGACACACGGUGGCCAAGCGGUGCCAAAAAGCCAUCGAGGACAUCCCAAGGCUGCUGCGGAGACAGUGACGUCAUCAGGGCAGUGACAUCCCUGGGAAGACUUGUGGCCACUCAAGUGCCACCAGCUCCUCGUGUCAUCAAAAGCCCCUCAAGUGCCACCAGUCUGGGACAGAACUGGUGCCACUGGAUGGGUGGCACUGCCAUGUCCCUGGUGCCACCUGUGUGGUGUCCCCGUGUCCCCGCAGUGUCCCUGGGGGUGGCCGAGGACGGUCACCUGCUGCUGGCCCUGCCCGUGCUGACUGCCAAGUGGUUUGGCGGGGGGAGAGGACCUCGCAGUGUCACCUGGCCACCAGAGGGCCAUGGCCCUGCGGGGGGUGGGGCCUGGGAGGUGACAUCACCUCGUCCUGCCCCUGUCCGGCAGGUGCCAUUCCUUGGACAUUCGCUCUGGCUCUGGGGGAGAUCAAAGCGGCACUGAGAGACCAAAGGGACAAUGGGAACGGUUGCCCUGAUUGAUGAAUGGAAAAAGAGAUUUGCCUUUGCAAAUAAUUGGGGCUUGGUGCAUUAAUUAAUUAAUUAAUGCUGACAUCAGCAACCCAGUGCCAGCCCAGUGACCCCAGUCCUGUCCCAGUGCCACCAGCCCAGUGCUCCCAGUUCCAUCCCAGUGCCAGCGCCCCAUUGUCCCCAUACCAAUGUCACCAUCCUAGUGGCCCCACCCUGUCCCAGUGUCCCCAUCCUGUCCCAGCAUCCGUGUCCCUGUUCUAUCCCAGUGUCCCGAGUUCAGUCUUACUGUCACCAUCCCAAUGUCCCCAGCCCCAUCCCAGUGCCACCAGUUCAAUCCCAGUGUCCCCAUCCCAGGGCUCCUAUUUGUGCCCCAGUGUCCCCAGUUCCAUCCCAGUGUCCCCACUUCUGUCCCACUGCCACCAUCCCAGUGCCACCAGCCCAAUGUCACCAACCCAGUCCCAUCCCAGUGUCCCACAUCCUGUCCCAGUGUCCCUGUCCCAGUGUUCCCAGUUGUGUCCCAGUGUCCCCAGUCCCAUCGCAGUUCCAAAACAGUGAAAAAAAGGAAGAAUUUACAAAUUCUUCUCUCGUCACCAGAGAGUGACCACACGACACAAUGGAAGCGCAAGGAGAAAUAAAAUAAAUUGGUUUAAUGCACAAGAUGGCGUGGAGGCAAGUCAAGGGUUAAAACCAAAUAAAAGAACAUCUGAACUCA